GACAUGCCCGCGCCGCCGUGAUGGUUCAGGUUCAGGUUCUCGGUUGUUCCCACGUCAGCAGCUCCGCCAAUUUAAUUGAAAUUCAUUCUUUUCGGUGUUUUUUAGUAUCGAUUCUUCAUCCCUUUCGGACGUGCCUCCCUUUCGUCCCGCCGCUCCAACAACUCAUCCACCGGUUGUCGAUUCCGUCAGUCCGUGUCGCGCAAUCGUGUAUGAUAGUAACAGCACAUUAGCUUGUGCUGGGCUGGGCUGUCAUUGUUGUCGCAUUACUGUACAGUAUAGAGUACCUACCUCGAUACUACCGUGUCGUCCCAUCCCAAGAGUUACGAAACACGGAACUGCCUCGUCCGAUCUCGACCAACGAACUACUACUGAUUUGCGACCGACCGACCAUUACGCCACUGUUGCGCAGGGUACAGCGUUUCACACAACUAAAUCCGAAACACGCGCCAUGACUCUCGGCAACAACCCGGCCGACGGCGGCGGCGGCGGCUGUGGCUCUUCUUCGUCGUCGUUGUCGUUCAAAGUACCUCGAGUUCCCUCCUCCGCCAUCACAACAACGGCAGCUACAGCAGUUUUGGCCGCUGCAUUCAUCCCGAUGGCGUCCGGUCACGACCACCACGAAGAUCAGAUCCCCGAGGGCGCGACCAUCUCGGUCGAGCCACUUGAUACGACACUAUGGCUUCACAUUUUUCUGCAGACGUUUGUCUUUGGUAUCCUGUUUCCCACGGGCAUGGUGUUGGGGAUCGUCAAAAGCCGCUGGCACGUCCCUCUGCAAGUCCUCGCGACCGCCCUCGCCCUCCUCGGAUACGCACUCGGCCACCUGCACAAGGGCAGACAAUUUGUCUCCAACAAUGUCCACGCCAGCUUCGCCAACAUUCUGUUUCUUAUGAUGCUCGCCCAGGUCGUCCUCGGCGUCUACCUCAAGCUGCACCUCGAAAAGGGCUUCCAAGGCCGCAUCCGCCCCUUCUUCCGCAUCCUCCACAGCAUCAACGGCAAGGCCUUCCCUCUCGCCGCCUGGGUCCAGAUGGUGUUUGGCGGAAUCACCGCUCUCGGCUUCUGCCAGGGCGACCACCUCGGCCAGUGCCUGGCCCACUUUAUCAUGGGCAGCGCCUUUAUCGCCUACGGUGUUCUCUUGACUAUUGUCCUUUUGGUCGGUCAACUGUGGUUGCGCCGCACGGGCCGUAGCCAGGAAUUCUUCGACAGCGCCGUCAUUGCCGCCUGGGGCUGCGUCAACACUUUCACCGAACACCGCUGGGGCACGGCCUGGGUCCGCAACGAUUGGCAGCACACUACGAUGGGCGUGAUCUGGUGGGCUGCUGGUCUGGCUGGUAUUUGGCUUAGCAAGAACCGAGAUGGCACGCCCAAGCGAAACUUUAUCCCGGGGUUUGUCUUGUUGAUGACGGGCUGGGCCAUGUCUGCGCACCCGCAGGAACUCAUGAUUAGCGCCAUGACGCACAAGAUGUUUGGGUAUAGUCUUAUGGGCGCCGGUCUGACGCGGAUUAUUGAGAUUUCGUUUAUUCUCAAGGAUAAGCCGGCUGUGUCGGACCAGGGCUACGAGACGCACAGUUUUCAAUAUGUUCCUGUUUUUCUCCUCUACGCAUCCGGCUUCCUCUUCAUGAGCGCCACCGAAGAGCAAAUGGCUCUCGUCGCCGGCUCGGGAAUCGACCACGUUGCUUACGUCCUCAUCAUUUAUUCUAUGGCCUUUAUUCUUUUCCUCUUUGUCAACAUCCUCAUUCAUCUGUACGACCGCGGUGCCAAUGCCGAUGGCCUCAACACGAAUACCUCUACACAGCAUGGAAACGGCGCGAUCCGGUUGAAUGGACGGGUUACUAGCGCUACCACCAACACCCAGACUCAGCAGCAGCAGUUGCGUGAUGCAGGCGAGUUUGAGUUGGAGGGGUUGAUGAGUGAUGAGGAAGAUGAUGAUGAGGUUGCGGCGAGGAGGAAUUUGUUGAAGAAUGAGGGGGAGGGGGUGGGGAUUGCUAGUCCUGGUACGGCGGCGAGGAGGUAGUGCCCGGUUGGGGAUAGGAAAACUGG